CGCUUCCCAGAAAGCCUUGCGCGGGGGCGGAGGCGGCAGGGAUGCGAUGGCGGAGUCGCUGCCGCUGGAGAUGGUCACAUAUAUUCUGAGCUUCCUGCCUCUGUCAGAUCAGAAAGAGGCCUCCCUCGUGAGCCGGGCUUGGUACUGUGCAGCCCAGAAUGCCCUUCGGGAGGCCAGCGUGCAGUACAACAUCCCUGUGUCAUCUGCCUCCCUUCCGGUCAUCAAGAGCCUGGGUCUCAGGGGCAUCACCUGCAUCAGCCUGACCAACCUGGAUGGCUCGCCGGCUUCACUCCAGGUGCUGCGGUCUGUUACCCACCACUUGGGCCCACACCUGCAGAGCUUGUGCCUUGGUGGGGGCAGCCCCACAGAGGCCUCCUUCGUGGCUCUGAUCCUGGGCUGCCCGGCCCUGCGUAUCCUAGACCUCAGUGGCUGCAACAGCCUCUUCACGUCGGGCAUGCUGCUGGCUCAGCCCGAGACGGCGCAGCAGGUCCAGCAGGCGCUGAGUGGCCUCCGUGAGCUCAGCCUGGCUAGCCUUCGGGACCUGGCCGACCUCAGCUUCAACCGGCUCAGCAGUUGUGCCCCCUGCCUGGAGCGCCUCUCCUUGGCCUAUUGCCACCUCACCUUCCAGCUAGGCCCAGCCUGGGGCUCCACUGACCCCCAGGACUCCUCCCCCUCCCAACUCUCCUUCCGCAACCUGCUGCGAUUCCUGAAGGAGCGGGCUGGCAGACUGCACGCCCUGGACCUGAGCGGCACUGGACUGCCGCCCGAGGCCCUGCGGGCGCUGGGCCAGGUGGCCGGGCUGCAGCUGCAGGAACUGAGCCUGCAUAGCUGCCGGGACCUCUCCACAGAGGCCGUGGCCGCCCUUUGCCACCAGCAACCAGGCCUUACCUCCCUGGACCUCAGUGGCUGCUCAGAACUGGCUGAUGGAGCAGUCCUGGCCGUGAGCCGGGGCCUGCGGCACCUGCGGCACCUGAGCCUGAGGAAGCUGCAGCGGCUGACAGACGCGGGAUGCUCAGCCCUGGGGGGCCUGCGGGAGCUGCAGUGCCUCGACAUGGCCGAGUGCUGCCUGGUGAGAGGGCGGGAGCUGGCCCAGUCCCUGGGCUCGGUGCGUGGACCUCCACCCCCACUGGCCUCCCUCAGCCUGGCCUACUGCUCCUCACUCAAGGACGCCUCAGUGCUAUCCCUGAUCCCAGCACUGGGCCCACGCCUCAGGGUGCUAGACUUGUCCUCCUGUGUGGCCCUCACCAACCAGACCCUGCAGGCCAUCUGCACCUACCUCACCCACCUCUCAGUCCUACGCCUGGCCUGGUGCAAGGAGCUUGGUGACUGGGGGCUCCUGGGGCUGGGGGAGCCCAUCAAGGCACCUUCGCAGGAGCCUCAGCCCCACGAAGAGCUGGAGCACUGGGCCUCCAGCCCCAAGGACCUCUCUCCCCAGCCACAGGGCCCCUCCCUGCUCAUGCUGCAGGCCCUGCGGGAGCUGGACCUCACAGCCUGCAGCAAGCUGACUGAUGCCAGUUUGACCAAGGUGCUCCGGUUCCCCCAGCUGAGGCAGCUGUCACUGAGCCUGCUGCCAGCACUCACGGACAAGGCCUUGGUGGCUGUGGCCAAGGGCUGCCCCAGCCUGGAGCGCUUGGCGCUGAGUCACUGCAGCCUCCUCAGCGACCAUGGCUGGGCGCAGGCGGCCAGCUCCUGGCCGAGGCUGCAGCACCUCAACCUGUCCAGCUGCAGUCAGCUCACGGAGCAAACUCUGGAUUCCAUCGGGCAGGCGUGCAGGCAGCUGCGGAUGGUAGAUGUGGCCAUGUGUCCCGGCAUCAGCAUAGCCUCCGUCAGGCGCUUCCAAGCCCAACUGCCUGAGGUGACCUGCAUCCAGUCCCGCUUCGUGGGAGGGGCAGACCUGACCCUAACACUCUGAGGCCAGAUCAGUGACCAGUGGCUCAGCCUCUGUCAUCUCCAGCAUCCCUGGUCCUGGACUCUGGACCUGGAGUUUGACUCAGCUCCCUCUGCCCCUCUCUGUUACAUGCCCCAGAGUGCCUUCCCCAAACUAGAAACCCCUUCACUGGGUCUGAGAGUGGGAUGAUACCAGGACAGCCUACCGGGCUUCUUGCCUGCCUGCCCCACAGCCCACAGGAACCUUCUCCAGCUACAUGGCACUGCCACAGGCCCCCGGAAAUGCCAGAUCCUGCUCACCUGUCCAGGCCUGGGUCCAGAGGCCAGGCCAUUGGUGGGCUGGGUCUGAUGCUGGAAAGAGUGGACCCCGGUACCUUUUGUUCCACCCGUUUCUCACACUAAGGCCUGUGCCCAGCCUUGUUCCCUAUAGCUCUCCCAGCCCCCCACCAGCACUGAGUUUUAGCAGCUAAGCCACAGUCUUUGUUGUAUACCCAAGAUUAAAAAUUCCAGAUCUUU